UCCCGCCGCAACAAUAUACGAAUUCGCGGGGUGCCAGAGACGGUUGGAAUAGACAUGCUGGCCCCCACUUUGAGAGAGCUUUUCUGCAGCCUACUCCCAGAGGCCUCACCGGCCGAGCUCCUACUAGACAGAGCCCACAGGGCCCUUAAAGCACCCCUCCCGAACGCAACCCAGCCCAGGGACAUCAUCAUCCGCAUGCACUAUUUCCAUAUAAAAGAAGCGCUGAUGCGAGCGGCGAGAGAUAACCCACUCCAAAUAGAGGGGCAUCAAGUCUGCUUUUAUCAAGAUUUAGCUCCAAGCACGCUACGCAAGAGAAGGGAACUCAGACCCCUAACCUUGGAGCUGGCCAGGAGACACAUAAGAUACACAUGGGGCCACCCCUUCAAGCUACAAGUGAGACAAAACAACCGGGUACACACUCUGUACCAUAUCUCCGAAGCCACAGCAUUCGCGGAACGCCUGGGCCUUCCGGCCAUCGACCUCACCGCCGAACAGCCUGAUAGACGCCCAGCAGGAAGACUGUCUCCAAGGGGCCCGACACUGCACCCGACAAGGGCUCCACCUCCCAGCAGUCCUCACCCUCAACCGGCCACCUAAAGACGUACAGAUGACCGCACCUCUACGACAUGGACCGUCACCUUCCACACGACCCUCACCGAUUCCACGCCGCCAGGACAACCGCAAACACACCUCACAGACUACCGGACCCACGGCAUCGCACGCCAGGAGAACACGAACUAUCUGACCACAGGUCGCCCGGAACCAGAUAAGCUAUGACUCUACCCUAAACAGGACUAAUUAUGU